AUGUCCGGCGUCACUGAAAAGGCCCGUAUCGCCUCCUUCGGCGGCAAGCUGCUUAAGCUCAGCCACAAUGCCACCACCACCCGCUGCGAAAUGUCUUUCAACUUGUACCUGCCGCCCGGUGCUGUCGAUAGCAGUGCGGCUGGCAAGAUCCCUGUGCUGAUUUACUUGUCUGGUUUGACUUGCACGGCGGAGAAUUGCUCGGAGAAGGGCUUUUUCCAGCAUGGUGCCAGUAAGAAGGGUAUUGCUGUGCUGUAUCCUGAUACUAGUCCUCGUGGUCUGAACAUCGAAGGCGAGAAUGAUGCUUAUGACUUUGGUUCCGGCGCGGGUUUCUAUGUUGAUGCUACCAAGGCUCCCUACAACGAAGGCUAUAACAUGUACAGCUAUGUCACUGAGGAGCUGCCAGAGGUUGUUUUCAAGGCUUUCCCGCAGCUGGACUCUAGCCGAGUCAGUAUCACGGGCCACAGCAUGGGCGGCCACGGUGCUCUUACGCUGUUCCUUCGCAACCCGGGCAAAUACAAGUCCGUCUCAGCCUUCGCCCCAAUCACCAACCCCAUCAACUGCCCCUGGGGCCAAAAGGCGUUCAAGGGCUACUUCGGCGAGGACCAGCAGGAGAAAUGGAAGGAACACGAUGCCACCGAGCUAAUUAAGAAAUGGAGCGGUCCCGAGCUGGAUAUCCUGAUUGACGUGGGUACCGGCGACAACUUCUACAAGCAGGGCCAACUUCUACCAGAGAACUUCCAAGCUGCCGCCGACGCAGCUGGCCUCAAGGGCGUGAAUAUUCGCUACCAGCCUGAUUACGAUCACUCAUAUUACACGAUGGCCACUUUUGCGGAUGAUCACAUCGAGCAUGCGGCCAAGUAUCUCAAAUAG